AUUUGAAGCUAGUCAAAGACGCACAUUUCAUUCCGUGCUGUAAGUAUUUAUCAUUUUUUAAUGACAACACCUUUGCCGAGCAGCCGCCUACGCAAACCAUUAACAGCCAUGCCCCUUACAAAAGGGAAAGCCGAAGCAGACGCCGCCGCCGCCGCCGCCGCCGACGCGGCAGACGAAGCAGAAGAUGCACCAAAAGAUGGAGACGAUGAAGACGAAGAUGAAGUUGAAGAUGAGGCUGAGGAUGAGGAUGAGGAUGAAAAUGGUUUUGGUCCUAUUAACGGCCCACGGUCCAUCACGGAGACGGAGACGGAGACGGAGAUGAAGACAGAGACAGAGACGGAGACGGAGACGGAGACGUAACACGUGACAGUCUCCCUUCCCGUUCGAGUGCAAAAUUCAGUUAGUUGCCACACAUUUUGCUGUCAUAACUUAUUUAUUAGACUUCAAAUGUCAAAUUAGCUAAAAAGCAACUUAAAGCAAUGACGCCUAGUUGAUGUCCCA